CCCACCUACUCCUCCACUCUUCACAAUGGGCAGCCUCUCUCCCAAGGCCGGUACUUUCCUUUUCACCUCCGAGUCGGUUGGUGAGGGACACCCCGAUAAGAUUGCUGACCAGGUCUCCGAUGCCAUCCUCGAUGCCUGCCUUGCUGAGGACCCUCUCUCUAAGGUCGCUUGUGAGACCGCUACCAAGACUGGUAUGAUCAUGGUCUUCGGUGAGAUCACCACCCAGGCCAAGCUCGACUACCAGAAGGUCAUCCGUGGUGCCAUCAAGGACAUUGGCUACGAUGCCUCUGAGAAGGGCUUCGACUACAAGACCUGCAACGUCUUGGUUGCCAUUGAGCAGCAGUCCCCUGACAUUGCUCAGGGUCUCCACUACGAGGAGGCUCUUGAGAAGCUCGGUGCCGGUGACCAGGGUAUCAUGUUCGGAUAUGCCACCGACGAGACCCCCGAGCUCCUCCCCUUGACCAUUCUGCUUUCCCACAAGCUGAACAACGCCAUGAAGGAGGCCCGUAACAACGGCUCCAUCGCCUGGUUGCGCCCUGACACCAAGACUCAGGUCACCAUUGAGUACGCCCACGACAACGGUGCCGUCAAGCCCGUCCGUGUGGACACCGUUGUCAUCUCUGCCCAGCACAGUGACGACGUCAGCACUGAGGAGCUCCGUGCCGUCCUCAAGGAGAAGAUCAUCAAGCAGGUCAUCCCUGCUGAGCUCUUGGACGACCGCACCGUCUACCACAUCCAGCCCUCCGGCCGCUUCGUCAUUGGUGGUCCUCAGGGUGACGCCGGUCUUACCGGCCGUAAGAUCAUCGUCGACACCUACGGUGGCUGGGGUGCCCACGGUGGUGGUGCCUUCUCUGGCAAGGACUACUCCAAGGUCGACCGUUCCGCCGCCUACGUGGCCCGCUGGAUCGCCAAGUCCCUGGUCAACGCCAAGCUCGCUCGCCGUGCUCUUGUCCAGCUCUCCUACGCCAUUGGUGUCGCUGAGCCCCUCUCCAUCUUCGUUGAGACCUACGGUACCUCCGACAAGUCCUCCGAGGAGUUGGUCGAGAUCAUCAAGAACAACUUCGACCUCCGUCCCGGUGUCAUUGUCAAGGAGCUCGACUUGGCCAAGCCUAUCUACGCUGCUACCGCCAAGAACGGUCACUUCACCAACCAGAGCUUCUCCUGGGAGAAGCCCAAGACCCUCAAGUACUAAACGUAUCACACUGCCUAAGUGUGGUCGUCUAGGACUUGAUCUUUGUUUCUUUUCACGAACGUGAUGAAUUGGCUUUGUUUUCAACAACUCAAAGCAUGAAAGCAUAGACAUAUAAAAAGCUUUCUUUUUUGGUUUCUUUUUACUGUUUAAAAUUUACUGCAUGUCGCCUGCAAGAAGGGUUUGGCGAAUGAAUUCAACAUGAUACCACUUUCAUCGGAUGGGAAGGGAAUGUUUUUGGCGUUUUUAGGGAGCGAAAGUCUUCAACACAUUUGCCUCCUGCAGGCUUUACAAGCUGUUUGCACUUCGGAUGAUACUCGCCCACUUGUGGGCGAUGUUUCUGGGGAGGGGCACCUGCCAUUGA